AGAAAAAUAGAGAGACUCUACUCUCACACAAACACAGAGAGAGAGAGAAACAGAGAUGGGUGUGAGAAUGAGCUUUUCCUCUGUAUAACCCAAAAAAAAAAAAACUCUUCUUAGCAGAAGAUGGCAAUGCAACAAAAUCCUUCUCUGACGUUGUUGGACGCUCUCUACUGUGAAGAAGAGAAAUGGGAAGAAGAAGACGAAGAGGAAAAGAGUGAAAUAUAUAACAACAAUAAUAUUAAUGGCGGAAAAAUCUCUUCUUCUUCUUCUCCUUCUGAUCUGUUUCAGUUUUCUCUUUUGGAACAAGACCUGUUUUGGGAAGACGAAGAGCUCGUUUCUCUCUUCGCCAAAGAAGAGCAACAAAACAAGCAAACCCAAUAUCCCGAUUUCGAAGAAGAAGAAGAAGAAGAAGAAGAAGAAGAAGAAGAAGAAGAAAACUCAAUGUCGUUUCUGAAGUUGGCUCGUCGUGAAGCUGUGGAAUGGAUUCUCAAAGUCAAUGGCCAUUAUGGGUUCACCGCUCUCACAGCGGUGUUGGCCAUAAACUAUCUGGACAGGUUUCUCUCCAGCCUUCGUUUUCAGAGAGACAAGCCAUGGAUGAUUCACCUCGUGACUGUCACGUGCCUCUCCUUGGCUGCCAAAGUUGAGGAAACCCAAGUUCCUCUUCUUCUAGAUCUCCAAGUGAACGACAGUAGCAAGUAUGUGUUUGAAGCGAAAACGAUACAAAGGAUGGAGCUUUUGGUGCUGUCGACGCUCCAAUGGAAGAUGCACCCGGUGACUCCUUUGUCGUUUCUUGACCACAUCGUAAGGAGGCUCGGGCUAAAAACCAAUCUCCACUGGGAGUUUCUUAGACGCUGUGAGCGUCUUCUUCUCUCUCUUUUCUCUGAUUCAAGGUUCAUUGGUUUUCUUCCAUCUGUAUUGGCCACUGCAACAAUGAUGCGUGUUAUAGACCAUGUUGAGCCAUGUAAUGCUAUCGAGUACAAAACCCAGCUUCUAAGCGUUCUCAAACUAAGCGAGGAAAAAGUAGAGAAAUGUUACACUCUUAUCGUUGAGUUAUCAAGUGGCUAUACUAAUAAUUACGGAUACAACAAUAAGAGGAAGAUAAACGAGGAAGUUCCAAGCAGCCCAAGUGGUGUUAUAGAUGCCAUUUUCAGCUCAGAUAGCUCAAAUGAUUCCUGGUCCGUUGUCUCAUCAUCAUCAUCAUCAUCAUCGGUUUGUUCAUCGCCAACACAGCCUCUCUUCAAGAAGAGAAAGGCAGAGGAUCAGCAAAUGAGAUCAUUGGCUUCACUUAGCCGUGUCUUUGUUGACAUUGUCGGAAGCCCUCAUUAAGUUCUCCUUGUCCUUUCUUUCUUAUUCUCUUUAAUUAUAUAGUAAUAUAUAAUUGAAGGAAAAAAAAAACAAAAAAGAAAUCCAUAUUUAAAUUAUUAUGAUAUCUCCGGGUCAUUUUGGUGCAAUUUGGAAAGUACUGUACUUUCAGUGCACAGCGCCACUUCUGAUCCACCUCUCAUCGCCGCUUUAAUUUACCAAAAUGUCCCUACCGUGUAAAUGUCCCCCAAAGGCUUGGAAGUGGGACUUGGAGCUUGUGACGAUGGGUGGGCUUUUCAUGAGAAGAGAAGGGACAAAAGAGGCAAAUCGAGAACAAUAUAUUUAUAUAUAUAAUGUGUAUAAAGUCAGUCCACUUCCCUGUAUUUUCUAUCCCGCUCAGUCUCUCUUUUGGAC